CUUGGGAAAACAGAGUAUGUAGUAAUAUUGUCCAAGCCGAAGUCACCUUUACUACUUCAGCAGAUUUCUGUUUUCACUCAGUCAGCAUUCACUGUGGCAAAGUGAAACCCAGGCUGCCUUGGACAGUUGGGCAGUUUCUCUGUUAUACAAGGAUGCUACCUUGAAUGGCACACCAUUCACUUCGUGGACUCGCAUGUUUAUUCCAAUAAUUGUCUAACAUAGAGUGUUAAGGAGGAGAUUUCCCUUCACUUGUUUCUAAUCCUCACAAAAGUACCUUCAGUUAUAGCAACAGUCCCAUAGCAACCAUUCUAGGUACUUCAGGGGGAAGGAAGAGGAUUGGGUGUUCAUGAAAUCGUUGGAAGGGUAGUAGGAACAGCACUCUGGAUUUGGGACACUUGAGUUCAGGUUUGUAACUCCUGACUGAGCUUCGAUCUAUAGUUCAGGAAGGUGCUGCUGCUAACAGGAGGCCCAAAUUCAUUUGCUCACACAUGGGAAGGUACUGACCAGACACUAGUAAACGAGUGUGGCCACUUCCAUCACAGCUGACCUCUCUUGCCUGCUGCCACCAGCCAGAAGACCCAAAUUCAUCUUCAGUGCUUUAGUUGCGGGGAAGCCUGGGAAAUGUAGUUUUGGGCUAGAUAAUUAUGUGUCCAGUUAAAGCUAUGGAUAAGGGUAGAUGGAACACAGGACCUUCCUUAGCCAUCUGUCACACGCCUAAUUGGAGAAUUUUAUAUUACCUAAUACCUUUUCUCGCACCAUAUGGAUGGGAAAGUUCGAUUGCCAGAAGUAGAAAAUUAACCACAAAAAGUAAGACAUAGUGUUUAGCACUGGCUGGUGUGGCUCAAUGGAUUGAGUCCUGGCCUGUGAACCAAAGGGUCACUGGUUUGAUUCCCAGUCAGGGCACAUGCCUGGGUUGUGUGCCGGGUCCCUAGUAGGGGGCUUGUGAAAGGCAACCACACGUUGAUGUUUCUCCCUUCCCCACCUCUAAAAGUAAAUAAAAUCUAAAAAUAUACCAGAGAAACACCCCGACUCUCUUACUCUGUGUUACAGACUCUGGAUGCUUUUUCCUGCCAAGCCUAAGUGUAAGCCUGUCCCUGCUGUGCUCCUCCAGUAGAGGAGCAUCCGUGAAAUGAGACCUGUAGAACCAAAUGCAGACUUUUCCCCUGUAAGAUCUGAAAGAUUGGAAGCAGGAAGGGUUGCCCUUUCCACUAAAAUACAUGGUGUUAUUGCAGAUGGCACGUGCAAACAUCCUGCCCACCACACUGGUUCUGAGGUCAGCUGAUCUUGGUCUCUGCUGUCUCCAUAGGGGGCUCCCUAGCUGUUCUCUCACCCACUCACUCAUUUUUUUCCUGUGUAAAGAAAAACCUAUGUUAGUACUAUGGUCUUGUUUGUCCUGUCACUCCUCCCCGCAUACGCCCCUACUGCCAGGCACUUAGCAGGCACUCAGUUCAGCAGACCUCUUAUAUGCUAAAUAUUGUUCUUGCAUAGGAUACACAGUGGUGAAGAGACAAGCUAAUUUCAAAUACUGUGUUCUGAUACAACCAAAACUGAUUCUGUGGAGUGAUGGGAGGAUAAGGCUAGGCAACUGACUGGAUGAUCCAGAAAGACCCUUCAGAGUAAUUGACGUUUGAGUAGAGCUGUUUAACAUUCUCCUGGUACUUGGUGCUGGGUGUGGGUAUGUAGAGAUGGCUUAUAUGUCCCUUUAUGAGUUCUUCCCCUCCCCAAACCUGUGUGUGUUCAUUCUCUUCCCCUCUAAAAAAUUUUGGACUUACUAUCCCAGAGGCAAGAAUGCCUGGAAAAAGGUGGAUGCUCAGGAGAAGGAUCUCAGCCUGUGGCAUUCUCUUUGAAGCAGUUUUAGAGGUGAGACUUGAAUUCAAACCUCCCCCAUUCUCAUUCUGACCUUGGGCAACUGAACUCCGAGCUCAGUGUGGGCCUGGAACCAAAUCUAGCCGCUCCACUUCUGGCUUCGUAACCUUGCACGACUUCCUUAAGGCUCUGCUUCCAUUUCCACAUAUAAUGGGGUUAUGUUAGUCCCUCUUGAGGUGAUGCAAAGUGUUUAUUUGAGUUAAUAAAAUAAAAAUCCAUAAUAAAAAUGAUGACUACUCUGUAAAUAGCGAUUAGCUUUUAUUAUCCCUAUUUUAUAGAUGAGAAAGGUGAGGCUCCAAGAGGAGAAUAUAGCUUAGCCCAGGUCAGUUGGUCAGGAAGUGGCUGGUUGAGGAUAAAUAGUGGUCGUGGCAGGGUAUCACCUAGCCUGAGGUCCAACAUACAACAUUCACUCAGUAUUUGAGAGCCGGGGUUAUUCCUGGCAUUCAAAGGGCUGCCUGUUCUGUCCCUUAGCACAGGAAAUACCAAGCCAGGUAACUGAGAAGAUGGAAUUAAAUAUCAGCCUGCCUGUCUGGGCCUCACUAAUUCUUGAGGGGGUAGCCGUCACUUGGAGUGGCCUGAGCAGCUUUGGUUCUAUCUGGGCAUUUCCUUGGGUGGGUAGCCCUUACCCUGUCCUCGAAAUGGUUCAGGCUGGGUAGCAACCUCUAUGUGGUGUGGGCAAAAUAUGGGACUGGUUUAGGGCGGGGACAAGACCGAGAACACAGGUUUCCUUGUAUAGCUGGAAAGAGGGAGGGCAGGAGGAAAUUGGAGACCCCAUUUCUGCCUUAGUCACUGUUGCUCAUAGUCCAUGAUGACUUGGUCCAGGGUGUUCCUCGCUGUCAUCUUGCUGUCUGCCUUACCAGGGCCUAGUAUCGGGGGCCGCCCCAUGCCCAAGCUUGCUGACCGGAAGCUGUGUGCUGAUGAGGAAUGCAGCUACCCCAUCUCCAUUGCUGUGGCCCUUCAGGACUACGUGGCCCCCGACUGCCGUUUCCUGACCGUACAUAGGGGCCAAGUUGUGUAUGUCUUCUCCAAGCUGAAGGGCCGGGGUCGGCUCUUCUGGGGAGGCAGUGUUCAGGGAGAUUACUAUGGAGACCUGGCUGCUCGCCUGGGCUUUUUCCCCAGUAGCAUUGUACGGGAGGACCAGAUCCUGAAACCUGGGAAAAUCGACGUGAAGACAGAUAAAUGGGAUUUCUACUGUCAGUGAGCUCAGCCUAACGCUGUCCCUGCUGUUUUUUUCUCCCAGUUUUAUGCAAAUACAUCAGCCAAAUACAAACUGCAAGUCUCUGUGGUCUUUGUGGUGGAAAUCUAUAAAGGAAAUGGGUCCCCGGGUUCCUGCAUUAGCCAAUGAACCCACAGAUGGUGAAAACAUCAAUAGUUGCUAGGUAGAAUUUCACUGACUAAAAGCCCUUUGCUCUAACCUGAGUUCCCGAGGUGGGCUCUAAACACACAAGCAAAUGGAAAGAUGCAAUAAUCUGAACAGCACAGUAGGGGACUGUGAUGUCUAGAAGACCAAAGGAAGACAGUGGAACUAUUGGGAAUAAGCCAGUCGGAUCAUGAGGAAGACAACUCACGGAGCAAAAAUUUUCUUGAAAGAUUAUCUGCAAA